AUGCAAAAGGACUUUGUGCAGGGCUUCCAACUCCUUAUGCAAGCCGAUGCAAUGAGCACCCGCGAAUACCUUCGAGGCAGCCACAAGUCAGACUUCAUGACAAUCCAGUCUGCCGAGAGCGAUACAACCGGCACAGGCACGUUUGAUCAAGCCUUUUCAGAAAGCGUCAUGGACUCUUUCGACCUUGAUCAAUCCAUGACAGGGUCCGAGGACAGUGGGGCAGUGAAAUGGUAUUCUGUGGAUGGCGGCUCUUCCGUGGUGAUCGAGCGAAUGUGCCAUCAAAUAAACAAAAGCAGCACAAUCGAGCUCGGGAAACAAGUUCGCCGAAUUGCCAUCAAUCGUAGCGCCAAUCUGUCCGUGUCAUGUGCGGGCGAGAAAGAUGAUCGCGAUGGGUACGCGGCGGUGUUCAGCACUACACCAUUGGCAUGUCUGCAGCGCAUCGACACUAGCUCACUCCAUCUUGAUCCUAUUCAAGAGGAAGCAAUCCGGUGUUUACGGUAUGAAGACUCUACCAAGGUAGGUAUCAAGUUUGCGUAUCCAUGGUGGAUCGUAGACUGCGGGAUUCGAGGGGGUGGUAGUGUCUCGUCGACCCUGCCGUCACGGACCUGCGUCUACCCGUCGAAUAUCGCCGAAGAGAACUGGGACCAAUCAGCCGUGUUGUUGGCCUCGUACACCUGGGGCCAAGACGCCACUCGCAUGGGGGCUCUAAUCGGUUCGUCUUCCGCCAGCUCGGAUAGGGGUGAGGAUGAAGUGGAUGACCUGCUGGAUCUUGUCCUCCGCGACCUCGCUAGGCAACAUCAGCAGCAUGGAAUCACGUACGAGAAGCUGCAAAGUCUGUACAGGGAUCAUCAUGCCUUCUGCUGGGGUAAUUCCCGAUUUUCGUCAGGGGCCUUUGCGCUUUUUGGCCCGGGACAAUUCACCAAUCUCUACCCUUCUUUGUCUCUCCCAGCUGCCGAUGGCAAGUUCCAUAUUGUAGGGGAGGCCUCCAGUGUCCAUCAUGGGUGGGUGGUCGGCUCGUUGAACAGUGCAUAUGCGGCGGUCUAUCGAUUCUUGCUUCGAUAUGGACAACAACGGGCCAUCCAGAAGCUGGAGAAGAACUGGGGAACAGUGCAUGAGUUGGAUCUUGCAGGUGUUGCUCGUCUUGGUACACCUAAUUGA